UGAAGAAAGCCGAAGCCCACAUCGCUCAGUCUCAGUCGUUACAAAGCUUCUGCCUAUUGCGCUCUUUCCAACAACCCUCCAGGCAAAUGACAAUCCCAACUGAAGCCCCUGUGGGCAAGGAUGUUGGGGAUGAUGAGCUGUCAGAGAUGUCGUUGUCUUACAUCGAGUUUGAAUUUCCGAUUGAAAGAAUGAUACCCACGCUAUUUCCGUACCAUGAUUCUGCAGGCGGAAGCCUUCCUCCGAGCUCUGGUUCUGUGAUCACCACAACGUCGACGGCAACCAGUAGUAGACUCAGUGGUUCAAAUGGCGUAUCUAGAAGAGAAUCUGAUGUGCAGAGUUCCAACACGCCUCUCCCCGUCGUCCAGGAAACUGAGCCUGUCGAUGGGCCCCUCGCCAUGUUAGAGCAACACAUCAAAGCCUGCGACGAUCAGCAUCGUCGUCGGAUGGAAAAGCUCCAAAGGGAAGUUGAUUUCCUCAAGAAUCAAGAAGAUCAGGAAAAACUUCAAGUUCCCAAGGAGCUGGUUUUGCCACUGGACUGGAGAAAGCAUCCCAAUUCGGUUCCUGUUGACCCUAUUCCGGAAGUGGGCGUGCCCAAGAUAAUUGCAAACCCACUAUCAGAGUUACAGUGGCAGAUAAGUUUGCUUCAAAGAAAUCCCUUUCCUACUCGUGUUAUUCAAAUGUGCCAUAAAUGGCACAGUGCGGCGGUGGAUUCAGCGGAAUUCUGCUCAAGGGUUGUGCUAAACGGAGGAAUCGAGGCUCUGCUGGAUGCCAUGGUCCUCCAAAAGGAUGUCCCUGAAGUGCAAGAAGCCGCCUGCAGGGUUCUCGGUGCCUUGGUAUACAACCAUGAGAAUCACAAAGAAUGGCUGGCAGAAUCGGAUGGACUUGCUGCCAUUCUAGGGGCAAUGCGUCUUCACAGCAAGGAUGCUGACGUCCAGGAAGCGGCGUGUGGCGCUCUCCACAACUUUGUCUUUGAUCACGAGCCCAGUCAGCUGUUGGCGGCCCAAUCGGGAGCUGUCACUGCAGUUGUGAAUGCCAUGGAUGCCCAUUGUUCUGACCCUGGUGUUCAGGAACUCGGUUGUGCGGCUCUGGCGAACAUUGCCUGCCAUACCAAUCCCGACAUCCUCCGGUCAAUUGUCCUGCAGGGUGGCUUGGGAAGUGUUCUAUCUGCCAUGGAAGAACAUGUACAGGAUGAUGGAGUACAAGAGUCGGCAUGUGCCGCGCUGAGUAAUUUGAUACAUCAUGACGCUUCCCGUGAAGAGAUCAUGGCUGGCGUCCAGUACAAAGAGAUAUCAGCAGUUCUGGGCGCGAUGAAUCACCAUGCAUCCAAUGUGGGGGUACAGGGACAAGCGUGCAGGGCUGUUCUGGCCCUUGCCUACAAUCAUGAUGGCAACAAGGUAUUCCUCGCUGAAAAUGGAGCUCUGGCAGCGGUUUGUCAGGCCUUGAAAAGUCACCCUUCCGACCUUGAGCUGCAGCAGGCAGCUGUGGAUGCCCUUGCCGGUAUUGCCCAUGACCUUGACUUCCACAAGACCUUGAUUGCCGAGGCUGAUGGCAUCAUGGCUAUUUUGGCUUCUCUGAGCAACAAGAGUCAUUCCGCUGAUCCAGGGCAUGUGCAAUGCUGCCUAAAGGCACUUGGUAUUCUUGCCUUACACCACCCAAACAAUCAACGACUCGUCGCGCUAUCGGGAGGCAUCCCCGCUGUCGUCACAGCCAUGAACGACCACAUGAAACAAUCAUGCGUGCAACUGCACGGCUGCCGUUUGCUAGAGUGCUUGACGGACUGUCCCGACAACAGGCUGGCCUUUACAAACUCGAGAGGCUUGGAUACGGUCAUCAAGGCGAGGCUGGACUUCCCCAACAAUUAUGCUCUUCACGAAGCUGGGUUUGGUGUGAUGCGAAACCUGAUGCCGCGAUAUGGUCGAAGCAUGAGAAAGGCGUUGAACAGAGUUUUGAUGGGCGAUGACUUUCGGCAGCACGAGGAUGGCAGUUUGACGCAGCCGAUCAGCAGCGGAAAGCCACCAGAAAAGAAGCCACCAGAAAUGGCUGACGACACAUACCGCUUUAUUUCCUUGUCUCAAUCCAUAGAAGGUAAAUAUCCACCAAGCAAGGCCCCUGAUGUACUAUCGGCGCGCUUACAUAUUGGAGUGUCCGCAAGAGUGGACGCUGCACAUGGUACUGGAGCUGUUGCUGCCUCAGAUGAGGUUGUCUCGGAAGAGGCCGUUUCGAAGGAAGCAUUGCCCAUGGUGAAUGAUCUGGAUGCGGGUCUUUUUUCGGACCCUUCCCGACCCUUUGCAACGAUUAUUACUGUCUGAUGAAAAACACGGGCCACUGUUAGGCGGCGAAUUGAUUCAUGAUCCAUUUACAUUUUUGAAACAGAAAUAAUCCACCUACUCUAAUCCCCCCUUAUACACGACAAACG